CGAUUUGCGCGCUCUCUGAGCCUGCGUCCGCCGAGGGGGAGGGUUUCCCCCGGCGGGCCGGAGUCGCCGCUGGGCGCUUGUGGCUCACAGCGCCCACGACUGUCACGGGAGCCGCAGAGGGGAACUGCCGGAAGUGUGCGCGCCGGGAGAGCAACUUUCCGGCCCCGGCCGCGGCCCGGAACCUCGCCACCCCAGCGCUCGGAGCGACGAUGCGCCUCGAUGACAACGACCUGAGCGGACCCGCGCCCCUGCCCGCCGCCCGCGCCUGCGCUCGCCGCGUCCCCGGGGAGGAAGACUGAGCCCGGCGCGGGCGGCGGGAGGGGCCCGUUUCCUCUGCGCCGUCCCCUGGCAUCCCGGCUCGUUCCCAGCGAUCCAGCGUCCCCGCUGCCGGCCGCGGUCGCCGCCUGCCCCCGCCCUGACCGCCGGCCCGGACGUGCCCCCGGCCGCCGCCGGCAGUGCCUGUGCCAUGGGGCUGCCCACUCUGGAGUUCAGCGAUUCCUACUUGGACAGCCCGGAUUUCAGGGAGCGCCUGCAGUGUCACGAGAUUGAGCUGGAGCGAACCAACAAGUUCAUCAAAGAGCUCAUUAAGGACGGCUCCCUGCUCAUCGGGGCGCUGAGGAAUCUGUCCAUCGCAGUACAGAAAUUUUCCCAGUCACUGCAGGAUUUCCAAUUUGAAUGUAUUGGUGAUGCUGAAACAGAUGAUGAAAUCAGUAUUGCUCAGUCACUAAAGGAAUUUGCAAGACUCCUUAUUGCAGUAGAAGAAGAAAGGAGAAGACUGAUUCAAAACGCUAAUGAUGUAUUAAUUGUGCCACUUGAGAAAUUUCGAAAAGAACAGAUAGGUGCAGCCAAGGAUGGAAAGAAGAAGUUUGACAAAGAGAGUGAAAAAUACUACUCAAUUCUUGAAAAGCAUUUAAAUUUGUCUGCAAAGAAAAAAGAGUCUCAUUUGCAAGAGGCCGAUACACAGAUUGACCGAGAACAUCAAAACUUCUACGAAGCAUCGUUAGAAUAUGUCUUUAAAAUUCAAGAGGUCCAAGAAAAAAAGAAGUUUGAAUUUGUUGAACCGCUUUUGUCAUUCCUUCAGGGUUUGUUUACGUUUUACCACGAGGGAUAUGAACUGGCCCAGGAAUUUGCACCGUACAAGCAACAGCUGCAGUUCAACUUGCAGAACACAAGGAAUAAUUUUGAAAGCACUCGGCAAGAGGUGGAGCGGUUGAUGCAGAGGAUGAAGUCUGCCGACCGGGACUACCGCCCCCCGAGCCAGUGGACGAUGGAAGGCUACCUCUACGUCCAGGAGAAGCGACCACUUGGCUUCACGUGGAUUAAACAUUAUUGUACGUAUGAUAAGGGAAGUAAAACAUUUACAAUGAGUGUUUCGGAAAUGAAAUCCAGCGGGAAAAUGAAUGGCCUCGUUACUAGCUCACCAGAAAUGUUUAAAUUAAAAUCGUGUAUCCGACGAAAGACGGAUUCAAUUGACAAACGAUUCUGCUUUGACAUAGAAGUGGUUGAAAGGCACGGGAUCAUCACACUACAGGCCUUCUCAGAAGCUAAUAGGAAACUUUGGCUUGAAGCCAUGGAUGGGAAGGAACCGAUUUAUACUCUACCUGCCAUUAUUAGCAAGAAAGAAGAAAUGUACUUAAAUGAAGCAGGGUUCAACUUCGUGAGAAAAUGCAUUCAAGCCGUGGAAACAAGAGGCAUCACCAUUUUAGGCCUCUACCGAAUAGGAGGAGUGAACUCCAAAGUUCAAAAACUCAUGAACACCAUAUUUUCUCCCAAAUCUCCUCCCGAUAUUGACAUUGAUAUUGAACUGUGGGACAACAAGACGAUCACCAGCGGACUGAAAAACUACCUCAGAUGCCUUGCAGAGCCACUGAUGACGUACAAGUUGCACAAGGACUUCAUUGUCGCUGUUAAAUCUGAUGACCAGAACUACCGCGUGGAGGCUGUGCAUGCCCUGGUGCACAAACUGCCAGAGAAGAACCGAGAGAUGCUGGACAUCUUAAUAAAGCAUCUGGUCAAAGUAUCACUACACAGUCAACAAAAUCUCAUGACUGUCUCCAAUCUUGGUGUCAUCUUUGGCCCAACUUUAAUGAGAGCACAGGAAGAAACUGUAGCUGCCAUGAUGAAUAUUAAAUUUCAGAAUAUUGUGGUAGAAAUUCUGAUAGAGCACUAUGAAAAGAUUUUUCACACUGCCCCAGACCCAAGCAUUCCCCUUCCUCAGCCUCAGUCUCGAUCUGGAUCCCGAAGGACCCGAGCCAUCUGCCUCUCCACGGGCACUCGGAAGCCCAGGGGGAGGUACACUCCUUGCCUGGCAGAGCCAGACAGUGACUCCUACAGCAGCAGCCCAGACAGCACCCCCAUGGGCAGCAUCGAGUCACUCUCCUCUCACUCCUCUGAACAAAAUAGCACCACAAAGUCAGCUUCCUGCCAGCCCAGGGAGAAAUCCGGGGGGAUUCCCUGGAUUGCAACCCCGUCAUCUUCCAAUGGACAGAAGAGCCUUGGUCUCUGGACAACUAGUCCUGAAUCAAGUUCCAGGGAAGAUGCAGCCAAGACAGAUGCCGAGUCUGAUGGCCAGAGUGUGGCCUUGGUCACCACCCCGGGGGACAUCUCCCCACCCAUAGACCUGGUCAAGAAAGGGCCUCAUGGCCUUUCUGGACUGAAAAGAGCCUCCACGUCCUCGCUGAGAUCCAUCUCUGCAGCUGAAGGAAACAAGAGCUACAGUGGAUCUAUUCAAAGUUUAACUUCUAUAGGUUCCAAAGAGACACCCAAAGCCUCACCAAACCCAGACCUGCCUCCCAAAAUGUGCAGGAGGUUAAGGCUAGACACCGCCUCAAGCAAUGGCUAUCAGCGACCGGGCUCAGUAGUGGCGGCAAAAGCCCAACUGUUCGAAAAUGUUGGUUCACCCAAACCAGUUUCUUCUGGGCGCCAAGCCAAAGCCAUGUAUUCCUGUAAAGCGGAGCACAGCCAUGAGCUCUCCUUCCCGCAGGGGGCAAUAUUUUCUAACGUGUAUCCAUCAGUGGAACCGGGAUGGUUAAAGGCAACUUACGAAGGCAAAACAGGACUAGUUCCAGAAAAUUAUGUUGUCUUCCUCUAAUGCUAUUUAGUGGAUGGCAGUAUCUUCAUGGUAUCCAUGGUAACGAAUAAUAAAUGCUAUGAUUUAUCUGACACAGAUACGGGGAUCAGCCCACUAAACGAAAGCAGUCAAUUUCCAUCAAUUUCCUUCACCAGCAGACUAUGUAGCUCCCUAUCAAUGGAAAAGAAUGUUUUAAAUUGUUUGCCAUUCUUUUUGGGGCUGAUUUCUUAUUUUUAAAUAUCUUGCCUUCCCCUCCCCCAUAAGGAACACCCCCCACCCCUCAAUGUCUCUUUCAUAGCAAUCGUAGGAUCUCAAAUUCUGUGUUAAAUACGAUGUCCCAGAAAUUUGGAAAAACAAAAGUCUGCUAAAUGGAUUUUGAGAUCUGUCCUUGCAUUCUCUGAGGAACCUUGAAAUCACUACUUAAAAAUGUAAUUUAAAUCGUUCAUUAAUUACUACAUUUUCUUAAAAAUAUACUGCUUUGAUAUAUGAUUGUUUUGCUGGUCCUAAACAUUUCAAGGAUAUAAGUCUUUGUUUUAAGAUAACUUUAUUUGAUUCCCAUGUGGAUAAUAUUCAAAAGCAAUAAUGUAUAUGAUGUCUGUAAAGGAAGCCAAAUCAAGUCGUACACUGAUUCCACUGUAAACGCUCAUCCGGCAUUCCAGACCCUUCCAUGGUUUCGUGCAGGGGUCAGCAGAUCAUUUCUGCAAAUGCCUGAUAGUAAAUAUUUCUGUGGCAGGCUACGUUUGCCUAGUGGGUCACUUAGUUUGUGGACCCCUAUAUAGAGGAUGUGUAAAGCCAUCUUCAUAAUGUUGGGAUUUCAUACAAUUUUGCUGCAUUACUAUAUAAAAACUUAAAUUAUUUGCACAUCUCUUCUACCGGUAGCAUUAUUGUGGCAUCUCAGAAAAACAGUUACGGUCAUGGGAAAACUACAAAAGUAUAAAGGCCUACAACUUCAAAUUCCACUUGUCACAUCGAAAAAUGUCAAAGUACUUUGUCAAUACCCCAUUUGGGCUUUUGAGAUGUUCUUCUACAAAUGAAAAAGAUGUUGUUUGCAGACACUCUUAGUGACGCUGUGCCUUCUGAAGUCUGUGCUUAGUUGAAACAAAAUAAACAGAAAGGUACAGGAUUCUUAAAUUAUUUUGAACCACAGAGUUUGGAAUUGUUCCAUAAUCUUUAGCAGGAAUAAAAUCUGUACGUGAUUUUCUUUUGUGCCAGUUUUCCCCUUUUCCUAGGAAUUUCACUGAAUUUAUAGAGCAUAGUAAUAGGUAUUUACUACUCAUUUAUACCUGUCAACAGCAUCUGGUCCCGUAUCAGCCAUUAUUUCUAUCAUUUCUGUUAUUUCUAUUUCAAGAAUUCUAAUAUAUUAUUUCAUUAAAUAUGUAUAUGAGGCAAAGAGCCUUUCUCCUCAAGAUCCUGCCCUUUGCCUACAGACACUCAGGUAUCGACCACAUAAAACUCUUUACAUGAUAUCGUAAUCUGUCAUCGUAGUAUCUUCUACUUUAUAUUCAUGUUUCCAGAGUUAGUAGGUUAAAUACACACACACAACUAUGCCUCAUAGCACAUAUGCUUUGACCAACAAAAUUAAUGGAUUAGAAUUAACAAGUAAGGAAAAUAACAGUGGAAAGAAAAUCACAAACAGGAAUAAAUGUCAGUGAAUCAGGAUAAAACAAUGGGAAAUAUUCUAAUGUUAUAAAGAUGAGUAAUGUAAUAUAAACAUCUGAUUAAAAACUGUCUGUUCCCUUUACCUCUUGCUAUUGAUUCUGUACGCUAUAACCGGAUGUUGCUGGAGCUUCUGGGUCUAGGUCCUUGGUCCCUUAGUAGUAAUAGCAGCAUCCCUGACCUCCUAAUUGCCCUCUGCCGGAACAGAAGGUAAUCCUUCCCUGUACCAGUCCCUUCGUCUGUACGACACCCUCUGCUUAAGCAUUCCUGCCAUCGUCUGGCGUCCUGCUAGAUUAGAACCUCUUAAAGCAAAUUGGUUUUCUUUCAAAGGCCAACUUGACUCCAAAGAGAGAUUCAGAAUCUUAGUUCCCUUGCUGCUGCAUAAAGAAAUCUCAACCUUCAUUUUAUUUGAACACAGACCAGAGUGUUCCUUCUUCGAGUAGAUUGUGAGCCAGUCCCACGGACGCUCCAUUUAGAAUUAAAGCGUUUGCUGCGUGGGACAUGGGGAUGCAGCCCACUCUCCCUUCUGCUGGCAGGCGUGUUCAUGCUGUGGCCCCUUUCCGGAAACCAGCUGCGGAAGUGCUGGCUCACGUUUUGCUUCUGUUUGAAGUUUUGAUCUUGGGGGUUUGUGAGAAUGGUUCUUUUCUCCUCCUGUUGAUAUAUGUGUAGGCAAGUCAUGGCCGUAUGCUGGAGACAGGCUAACACCGCUCUUCCCUUGAAGUAGAUUUCCUAUAGAGAGGUAUUUAUGAGCACUGAGAAAACGGGACAUGAACCGCAAACCAAAUGGAGUGACAAUUACACAAGAAGUGAAUGCCUUCAUUGGAGGAGGGUCACAGGCACAGGGUGAGUCGCAGCUCAGUAACAGCUCAGCUCUUCAGAGACAACGUGAAGCUACCUGAGAAUCCCACAUGCACACCCUUGAAACACAGCAUAUGCACCCUAGGGAUGGCUUAGGGUGUAAUCAGUGUGCGGACGAGAUUGAGGGGGUCUGAGUUAAUCAUCUGUGUGUCCUGUGAAAAUACCCCUGAGGACAAAACAUUUGUGUAUCUCAGAGGACUCUCGUGUUGUGCCAUAACUCCUCCAAGUUGAUAAGACCAGGCAGACAGCUGAAGGAUUGUUCUGUUGUGUUAUGUGUAAAGCUCUGAGAAGUAGAAUCAUCUUCGUCCUCCUGAAGUGUCCGUGAAGUGUGAGGAAGAACCACUUCUCCCCGCUGGCGAGGGCCUUUCCCAUCGCGACGGUUCCCUGUGCUGGUCACACGCAGAAGCAGGGAUGGUGGAAGAAAAACCAAAAGGUUCCUUAUAACCCCAAACUAAGUCUCCGAAGAGGAAAAAUAAAGAAUAAAAAUGCUUAUGACAUUUAUUCUUAUCCUGUGAAUAUCAGCUUUAUCAUGGCAUGCCUUCUAAAAAUCCGCUAGGUAGUGAGAAAAACAAAUUUCUGCUUAUAAUCCUGUGGGGAUGACACCCUUGUCCCCUUCGCGUUCCCAACCCUGUUCUUCAGGUCUGUGUCUGCCCCAAACAGGGGCAUCCUCCGCGUGGGUUCCGUCUAGAAGAUGCCUCAGAGCUGGGCCUCGGACCACUGCAGUGCAUAAAAAUACCCCCAAUUAUGUACUCAGAAUGCUUUUAUUAGCUUUUUGAACCCCAGCUGAUUUAUACUUUACUGACUGAAGUCAGAGGCCAUUUAGGAACAGAUUUUUUCCCCUGUGGGUUUAUGACACAUUUGUAAUUCACAGCUGUUACCAUGACUUCAAAUCACUAGCUAGGACCCUGAAAUCACAUCUCCUGGUAAAGAAAAAAAAAUACGGAGUGUUUUUUGUUUCGUUUUGGUUUUUGACUGUUGUCCUAAAGUUAUUUUUCUCUUGAUUAAAGAUUUCUCCCUCGGGGUAGACAUUACUAUUUGUUUUUGCCUCCUACCCUUGGAUUUCCUUCCAAAAUCAAAACACUUUGAAAAAAUAAGGCUAGCCUUUCUGAAUCCUCUGUCCCGCCUGUCUCCUACUGAUUCACGGAAUACUCAGGUAUUCAGCAGCCAGUCUGAAUUUCCCCGAACACGUUCCUUAUGUCCGUCAUUGUCACCGCUAUCUCCUUGCUUCAAAAUGUUCAGGGUCCACUUGGUAAUAGGCGGGGGCGAGCUUAGGCUUAUGAAUGACAUGGGCUAAUUAGAGGGUCAGAUCAAUUUUUCAUUUGUUUUUAGGGCAGUUUCACUCAAUGUUUUAAAUAAUCUUAAAUAAGAAUGUUGCUAGCACUCACAAUAAGCCAUUGGCAGAAACCUGAUGGGUGUGUGUCAGACCAAUGCUUAGAAGCUGUUGCCUGGUUUGGGGUAGCCCCGUGGGUCAUCUCUUCCCUCCUUGGAAUUUCUUUAUUGGUGUUGGGGGCUCAAGGUGCCAAGACCACCAUGUUUUCUUGUGCCGUCUGCCGUCUCUGGAGAGUGCUUCCCAUGGACGUCACACUCCAGGUUUGAGAACACCUCGUAUUUCCCUUGAAUCCACUCAGUCUGUUAGACUGAAAGUGUCCAUUCUAUGUAUGGAAGCAUGUUUGGAGUUUUAAUCUUCAACUGCCUCCUUUUUUUGCAGAAAAUGACAUCCAUUAGAAUUAAGACUACACGAGAUUUAUGCUUAAAAUCCAAUAUAUCACUAUAUAUUGAAGGCUGGGAUUUCAAGCGUCCGUGAACUCUGAACUGAAGCCUUUACAAAUAGGGAGUUUGGCAGGGAAGAUGCCUGAUUUUUAAUUCAGAAUCCUAUUUAUAUGCUGUUAAAAUUUGAGGUACUGUAGUUUAUGUAAAAGUUGGAUAUUUAGAUAUUAUAUUUCAGUUCUAGGAGCUUUGCAGCCAUUAACAUGAGAAAUUAAUAAACAUGAUUCAUGUUUAGUAAAUGAUUCAUGGUUAGUAAAUUAUCAUGUUGAAUUUUUUGUUUAUUUUGUACUAUUUCUGUAUUUAUCUGCACUUUGUAUGUAUAUAUACACACAUAUCUAUUUCAUCAUGUAAAUAGCCUCCUGUUAUCCCUAAUCUAAAUUGCCACAGUAUCUUUAAUGUAUGUUUACACUGUAUUUUAAAUUACAUUAAAAUAAACUAUGUAAGCGCCUUUU